AUAUGCCAUAGGCUCCAUUGCCCUUCAUCACCACUUUCUUCAACACUCCGUUUCUCCCAUCAAAACCUAAAUCUUGAAAGCAUUUUGCAUUUGUGUUAGGCACAUAAAUUGCUUGGUUUUUUGAAUUUAUGAAAUGGGAUUUGGUCGGAAUUCGAAUAUGAGAAGUACCGAUUUCUUGGACGGAAUGCUCGGUGACUACGUCGGGAGAAAAGCUAAGGUGAAGGCUCCGAAAACCAGCUCAACUCGGCUCGUCACGGCCCUCACCUGCCUGCAAUUCGCAUUCGCAGUGUACGCAACGUUCCUUUUGUAUUACAUGAGUCCCUUGGUUGAUUUGAGGACGAAACCGGACUUUACUUGGAUCACGAGGAACAUGAGGCAGUUGAUCACAACCCCACAUGUUCUCGGCAGGUACCAAGACGCCGCCUUGUCACUUGUUGGAGCUGAAGUUGCUCUGAGUACGCCUUCCGAAGUUUGUGAGCACGAGAAGAUCGAUUUCAUGCAGAAGAAGUCCAAUAAUGCUCGAAUGAUCAAUCUGAAGAGAGAGUUGUACGAUGAGAUACUGGAUUUCCAGAGCAAGACCAUUGGCACCGAAACUCUAGCCGAGCUAAUGGCAAUGAGAUCGAAAUGGGACAUGCGUGGUCCGAACCGACCGAGAGUUACAGUGCUGUUGAACCAUUUCAAGAGGAAAACACUAUGUUCCCAGCUCGAUUCUUUGCUUCAACAGACCCUUCCGUUCCAUCACGUGUGGGUACUUUCAUUCGGGAGCCCGAAUGAGCAGUCCCUAAAACGAAUCGUUGACAGCUACAAUGAUUCGAGGAUCAGCUUCAUCAGUUCGAGCUAUGAUUUCAAGUACUACGGAAGGUUCCAAAUGGCCUUACAAACCGAAGCCGACCUCGUUUACGUACUCGACGAUGACAUGAUCCCGGGAAAGAAAAUGCUGCAGAUCUUAUCCCAUGUAGCCGGGACCGAAAAGUACAAGAACUCUGUUUUGGGCAGCAUAGGAAGGAUCUUGCCAUUCAGGCAAAAGGAUUUCACAUUCCCAAGCUAUAGGAAGUUCGGAUCCAAAGAGGCUGGGCUUUACUUGCCUGACCCCGCCUACGACAUCACCAUCGACAAGAUCGUGCAGGUCGAUUUCCUGUCGAGCUCCUGGUUCUUAUCUGCUGAACUUGUCAAGUCACUCUUCAUUGAAACUCCUUUCACUUUCAUGACUGGUGAAGAUCUUCACCUUAGCUAUCAGCUUCAAAAAUACAGAAAUGCAGGGUCAUUUGUACUUCCAGUUGACCCAACUGACAAAGAAACAUGGGGUGACAGUGAACAUAGGCUUGCAUAUGUCUCAGAAACCACUGUGAUCUUCAAGGACAUUGUUCAAGUAAGAGAUGAUCAAUGGUGGAGGGCAUUAACAACUGGUUAUGUAACUCAAUGGGCUGCAAUGUACGCUCAAAAGAUCGAUGCUCUCUUUUACGCUCACUCGGUUGACGAGGUCAAGGCACUCACGCCGUUGCUCGAGAAGUUCCGAUCCACUGUCGGCAAGAAGGCUUACAUUGUGGUCUCUGGGGAUGGUUUCUGCAGUUGUGAAGAUGCUGCCGCAGCUCUCAACUGGCCUAAGCAGGUUUGCAAAGAGAGAAGGUUCAAGAUUUUCGAUUUGCAAAUCGGGGCGAUCUCAGGGACGUCGAACUCCGAGGUCCCAGUCCUGCAAGUGGUGUACUCUAGCAUGAAAGGGUUGAUAAAGAUCCAUAACCCCAGUGUGGUGAUCACAUUGGCAGACGCUGAUUCGAAUGUGAAGAAAGCUCUAAAGAUGGCGUCCGAGACAAAUGCAAAUGGUACCGCACUUGUGCUUUUACCUAGACCUUCGGUCUCAAAGGUUCUAUGGAUGCCCGAUCUAAGAUCAACUGCAUUACCAUAUUGGAAUCGGAUGAGGAUCUCGAUCAACAUAAUUACACAAAACCGGGCCGAAUCGUUAACGAGGCUUCUUAAAUCUCUAAGUGAUGCAUAUUAUGUUGGAGAUGAGGUUCCUAUUAGUUUCAACAUGGAUAGCAAAGUGGAUGAGGCUACCAUUAAACUAGUGGAUUCAUUUGAGUGGCCUCAUGGCCCUAAAACCUUAAGAAGGAGGAUCAUUCAAGGGGGCCUAAUUCGAGCAGUUAGUGAGAGUUGGUACCCCACUUCUGAUGACGACUACGGCUUACUCCUCGAGGAUGAUAUUGAAGUCUCGCCGUACUAUUACCUAUGGAUCAAAUACGCUCUCUUAGCCUAUCAUUAUGACCCUCAAAUAUCCCUCCCUGAGCUCUCGUCAAUCUCUCUUUACACUCCUCGGUUAGUCGAAGUCGUUAAAGAAAGGCCGAAAUGGAAUCCGACCGAGUUCUUCAAACGCAUUCACCCCAACACACCGUACCUUCACCAGCUACCGUGCAGUUGGGGUGCGGUUUUCUUCCCGAAGCUUUGGAGAGAAUUCUAUGUUUACAUGAACAUGAGGUUCACUGAAGAUGCCAAAGCAAACCCAGUUCAAAUCCCAAAAUCCAGAACCAAUGGAUGGCAAGCUUCAUGGAAGAAGUUCCUCAUUGACAUGAUGUAUCUCCGAGGAUACGUGAGCCUCUACCCGAAUUUCCCGAACCAGUCAAGCUUUUCGACGAACCACAUGGAACCCGGGGCUCAUAUAAGUGCAAAGGACAAUGUUGUUAGGCAUGACAAAACAGAUUUUGAGGUCCCUUUGUUGAUGGAAGAUUUUAGGCCAUUGUUGCCUAAUGCAAAAUUGCCACCAGCUUCUAAGCUGCCAUCACUUAACCUUUUCAACCAACCUGUUUCAUUGAAAGGGCUGAAAAUGGCCGGAGCCAAGCUCGGUCAGGACGUUUUACGGUGCGAUAAUGCGACCGAGAUCGUGACGGCCCAUCACCUGACUGGUCUGCCUCUGCAAUGCUCAAAGAUCGUUUAAAUCGGAAAUCGAAUUGCUAUUUUAGUUAUAUUCUUUGUUUCUUUUCCAGAGAAAAAAAAAAUGAAAAUAAAAAAUGUAACAAUUUUUUUGAUAUAGCUUUCAAUCUGCUGCUAUUAUACAUA